AUGCGUAUGAGAUUCCGACUUCGAUUCAGUCAGGACCCUGUGAUAUUAGCGAAAAUAUACUUUUAUAGCCGGACCCACGCCAAGGAAUUUAAAGAAAUCAGCUGGUUCCGACCGAGUGAGAAUGAUCUGGGUAAUCAGCAUAAACAAACUAUAGCACAAGAAUCAGAACGUGCUCAAGAACAAGAUGAAAAGAAAAGGAAGAAAUGUCAUGGAAAUCGUAAAUUACAACGAUAUCGCCGAAAACUGCGUCAGCGAGGUAUGAAAACAUCAGUUAAUACAGAAGCAUCAGCAGUACAAGAAAACAUUCAACAAAAUGAACAAACAAUAAUUGUUUUAAGUAUUAAUCAAGCAACUUCUCUUUCUGUCAAAUCAAUUCAGCAUAAAAUAACAAAAAAGAAGAAAUGCAAUAGGAAUAAACAAUCCAGUUUUAUCAAUAAAAAUCAUAUUAAUCAAGUGGAUCAAUUCGAAUCUAUGAAAAAUGAUUCAGCGGAUUAUACUAUUAUAUCUAAUGAGAUAUUAUAUCAAAGAACAGCUCCAGCUUUCAAUCUUUCACAAAAGUUUAAUGAUUCGUUUAGUACAGAUAAAAAGAUCCAAAUUAUUCGUCAAUAUAUUAGUUUAAUUGAUCAAGUUUGUUUUCAACAACUCAAACAAAUUCAAUGGAAAUAUUAUCUUCAUAUUGGUUUGACACAAGGCAUUUGA